AUGGCCGAGGAAUUCACUUACGAAGAAUUAUCUACUCGUAACACAAAGAAAUCUCUAUACAUCAGUAUUCAAGGAAACGUUUAUGAUGUGUCGAAAUUUAUUGAUGAGCAUCCAGGUGGAGAAGAAGUUCUUCUCGAUGUAGCAGGUAAAGACGCCACAGAGCCUUUCGAAGAUGUCGGCCAUUCUGAUGAAGCUCUUGGUAUCCUAAAAACACUGAUUGUUGGUAAAAUGAAGCCA